GUCCCUGUGGCGUGACGUUGCGAUUGGCCCAGUGUCUUUCCUUAGCAGGGACUCGACGCCUCUCUCUCUCCCUCUGUGAUCAGUGGGUGAGAGGGGGGAGACGAGCAACACACAACGGAGAACCCGGCGUGCGCCUCCGUCAUCAUCUUGUUGGCUCAUCCUUUCAUCUCACCACCGGUCCUAGAUCCCCCAUCCUCGGUCCUGGAGACGCCUGAGUCUGCAGCAGCGCACGAUCUGCUUUAUUUCCAGCCUAUAUCUGAAUGACGGGCGGAAGGUUUGACUUCGACGACGGUGGCACUUACUGCGGGGGGUGGGAGGAUGGCAAAGCCCACGGACACGGCAUCUGCACCGGACCCAAGGGCCAGGGCGAGUACGCCGGGUCCUGGUCGCACGGCUUUGAGAUAGUAGGGGUGUACACCUGGCCCAGCGGGAAUACCUACAAGGGCUACUGGUCCCAGGGGAAGCGGCAUGGGCUCGGCGUGGAGAAUAAAGGAAAAUGGAUCUACCGCGGAGAGUGGAGUCACGGUUUUAAGGGUCGGUACGGUGUCCGGCAAAGCCACAACACACCUGCUAGAUACGACGGUACCUGGAGCAACGGGCUGCAGGAUGGAUAUGGGAUCGAAACCUAUGGCGAUGGCGGUACCUAUCAAGGCCAGUGGAUGGGUGGGAUGCGGCAUGGCUACGGUGUGCGUCAGAGUGUUCCCUAUGGCAUGGCCACUGUUAUCCGCUCUCCUCUGCGCACGUCUUUGGCCUCCCUGCGCUCCGAGCAGAGCAACGGCACAGUGCUCCAGGACCUCUCCUCCCCUGCAGACACGCCGACAGGCAGCCGCGGCGGCUUCGUCCUUAACUUCCACUCAGACAGCGAGGUCGUCACUGGCAAGAAAAAGGGCCUGUUCCGCCGGGGGUCACUCUUUGGCAGCCUCCGGCAGUUGCGUAAGUCUGACUCUCGGACCUCAAUCUCUAGCAAGCGCAGCUCUGCACGCAGUGAUGCCGCCAUGAGCCGCAUCAGCUCCAGUGAUGCCAACUCUACCAUAUCCAUCGGUGACGGCGAGCUGCCAGAUGAGGACUUUCCUCUAGAGGACCAUGUGGAUGCCACCACAACUGAGACCUACAUGGGCGAGUGGAAGAACGACAAGCGCAAUGGAUUUGGUGUUUCAGAGAGAUCCAACGGGAUGAAGUAUGAGGGAGAAUGGCUUAACAACAAGCGCCAUGGUUACGGGUGCACAGUUUUCCCAGAUGGCACCAAAGAAGAAGGGAAGUACAAAAAUAACGUGCUGGUGCGUGGAAUAAGGAAGCAGUUGAUUCCUCUUAAGAACCCUAAAACCAAAGAGAAGGUGGAUCGGGCUGUGGAGGGGGCACAGAGGGCUGCAGCCAUUGCCAGGAGUAAAGUGGAAAUAGCAGCUUCCAGAACGGCCCAUGCCAGGACAAAAAGCGAGGCUGCAGAGCAGGCCGCCCUCUCCGCUGUGCACGACUCUGAAAUUGCCAGGGCGGUUGCUAGGGAGCUCUCCCCCAACUUCUACCAACCAGGACCUGACUACAUAAAACAACCGUUAAAGGAGCCUGUGGAGAUUAAAGAGGUCCCUAUCGAAAAGAAGGAAAGGUCCCCAAAAGAUUCUCCCCACUUUUACCGCAAAGGUACCACUCCUCCCCGCUCCCCUGUGACCAAUCCUGUAGCCACGCCUCCCCCCUCGCCUCACUCUAGCAAGAAGAAAGGUCAGCUCGCCAACAGCACCAGUCGCAAAACCAGCAAAGAGGAAAAACCUUCCCGCAAGACAAGCAAAGAAGAGAAGUCAAGUCAUAAGACCAGCAAGGAUGAGCGGUCUAGUAGAAAGCUGAGUAAAGAGGAGAGGCCGUCCAUCACCGAUGGCCCCAAAGGUUCUCAUGUGCAUGUUGAGGCUCCACCGAAACCCACUAAAAUUCAGCAGUCUACCACUGCAUCUGCUCCUCCCUCACAGCCUCCUGCAAUUCCAGUCAAUGGCGAGCUCCACAGCGAGUACCACAGUUACUACGUUAAGGCCCCUUCAAGGGUCCCCCCACCCCCGGAACCUGAGGAGGAUCUAGAAGAAGAGCCUAGUGCCCUGGCCCUGGCACGUAUGCCCCCACAACCCCCUAGGUCCUUUAGUACCCCCACUCCAAAGCCAGCCUCUAUACGGGAGAGCAAGAGCGACCAGAAACUCAGGAAGCAGGAUUCCCUAAAGCCAAAGAGCCUCGCAGACACAAAGAAAGCCAGUAUGGAGAUUGCAGAAAGCAUGGAAGAAACAGGUCCUAACUCGAUUCUUGUUGCUAUGGUAAUGCUGUUGAAUAUUGGCCUUGCAAUUAUAUUUGUCCAUUUUCUGACAUGAUGAUGCUGUUUCUCAGUGAAAACAUGGCAACCGGGACAGUUGCAUUGCCGGCCUUGAAAAAUGAAAAUGGCGCCAGUGAGACACAGGGGCAGCCAUAGGUGUUUAGGAAUCAGCAUGACACCGAAGAGAAUCAGGAGGAAGGCAUCACUACCACCAACCUCUCAUGGGCCUUCUUUAGGGCCAGCCCCGUGAAUUAGCACUCCUUUGGCUUCUCUAAAAGCUGAGGUGAAAUGCCGUGUCUAGUGAGAUAAAAAAAAGUUUAAAAAUACAACCAAACAUACGCAGUCUGAAAAAAGAAGUAAUUGAAACCCACACGUGUGCUGAUCCAAGCACUGGUCUCUGUAGCCCACUGCCACUGCCUUGGCAGAUAGCGGUGGGCUGACGGACUUUGCUGGAAGAGUGUGGAGAUGCACUUUUAGAUGACGGGAGCAAACAGCUGCCUUUCUAUUUUGCCAUCUGACGGUUUGAUGGGGAGAUGUGAGCCCGGCGGCUGGGAGGGGGGGCACAGUCGCAGCAGGAGCGUGCUCAGGUGUUGGGAGCAUUUUCUGGGGUUCACACCACUCUUGCAACAGGAAACUGGGCACGGCCGUUGCCAGCAGUCAGUGCUAGCACGGUCACUAGCCAGUCUUACUCUGUUUACCCAAUCAUCACCGCAGCUUUCUCGAGCUCCGUCCAUUGUAACCCAGGAUACACUGCUCUGAAACACUCCCCGUGCAUGGUACAGUUUUAACAUUUUGUUUUUGUUUGUUUUCUGUUUUAUUGUAGUUUUAUUUUGUUCAUUGUUGUUCUCUGAAUGUCCGUUACCUGCAGACAUAUGCUUGUGGUUGAAAAGGAAAUUUCUUCUCUUCUCAAAAUGAGUAAACAAAUUUGUUUUCCCUUUUACUCAUUUCUAACAAUUGAGUUGUAAUUUGACAUUACACAUUCAUGUUACUGAAAGUGCAAUAUGUUAUUUUUUCAAAGGAAAGCUUAUAGUAUAUUUUGCCAAAAAUAGGGGAGGGGGUGAAUUAUAAAAAUCCUAUGUUCCAUUUAUUUUGUCAGACACUCAUAAUCUGAAUAGACUGGUUUUGAGAGAGGUUGCCGAUUAAGAUCCAGCAUUGUGUUUAGGAAGGAGGUUCACACUUGUGAGAAUGAAGUAACAAAUGUCUUAUGCUAUUUAUUAAAUCAGAAGGAAAAUGAUUUCAUUGUACAUGUCUAGACCAUUUUGCUUGAAUUCCUUCAUUGCAAUCUUUGCUUUCAUUGUUUCAGUAUACCACUAAAAUGCAAAGACGCAGUUCUCACAGCUGCUUCUGUAGGCCUAGCAGUGCUUGCAUGCUUAUGAGACUGGAUCAAAACAGUCUUGUGGACAGUGGAAGUUGAAUUUAUUCAGGUUGAGGCCAUGGGGAAUGUGGCACCAGGGAGAAGGAGAGAUGCCUUUAAAAGUCUUUAACAGUACUACUGUUUACCUCAGAAAAAGAUGAGGAAGGGGGGCGGGGAAGAGAUACCAUCCUUGUCUUAACUUUGUCGUGUGGGGAUACUUUGACUGUUGUCAUCACCUGAAUCAUGCUUUUAACUUGCCUCAUCGUAGCUGUUUGUAGUCUUUGUUGCAGGUAUGGCAUGAGUUUCUUUGAUUUUAAAAGUGGUUAUUUAUAUGGAUGACAUUUACUGUCAUCACUACCAAGAUUAAUUAUUUAUUCAUUGUGCAACUGAUGUGUGUUGUAAACAUUGGUCAUCAUAAAAAGGGCUUUAAUAUGGCUAGAUUUUCUUUGCUGCAAUUCAGUUUUGAAGUUCAACUUGACUAUAUUGUCUGUUACACAAUGAGCAGCACAUUACAUUUGGAGAAUGCUUCAGCCAGUUAGAUGUUUGCAAACUGUCCACAUAACUACUGGAAACUAACUAUUAAAAUCUAUUCAACAUCUGGAGUAGACAAUAAAAGCAGACCAAGAAACUAAAUUAUUAAAAAAUAGUGUUAUUUUACAAAUGUGAUGCAUUAAAUAACAAUUUUUCACCCUUUCUUUGCUACACCCUCUUUUUCUUGUUUUAACUGUCUUCACACAAGCAUAGUGAAGACUGACGUUUCAGAGGGUUUAACAGAACAGCCUGUUUAUGGGAUAUUUUUUGAAAUGCAACAUUGCAUGUUGGAGUCAUUUAUAUAUAGAUUAUUAUAUACUAUUUGUAAGGAUUUUUACAGAGCACAAUCCAGAAUCUGGUAUGAGUUGGUAUUUUUCUAACAAUUUGCACACCUGUAUUUUGACAAUGACUAUAACUUGUUUGUAAUUGGUAAUGUAAUGCACAUAUGUUUGACAGUGGAAAAAAAUACUUUAUUUCUAAUUGGAUGUACUGUAUGUACCAUUUGAGGAUGUGAAAGGCAGAUGUACUUGUUUGAGUAUUUUAGGAUAUAACGAGGAACUGCGGGAGACUUUUGAUAUCUCAAGGUUCAUGUUACCCCACUGAUUUGUGCAAAGUCUUUGGAGAUGAAGUUAUGUGUAUAACAAUAAAGAUGUUAUGCCUUGUUAAACUAUA